GCGAGUGUAUUUUGUGUAUGUACUUAUGUGCAAAUAGUUUAAAUUACUGGCAACAAUUAACCUAACGCCAAAAAAACCUUCCGUCAAUUCAGUGUCACUGUCACUCUUCUCACGUCAGCGGCUGUUUAUUUCCCCCAAUUUUCCGAAAUUUUCAUUUCCAAAAACAGUUUAAGCCUCCAAUAAUGUCUGACAACGACGACGACUACAUGUGCGAGGAGGAGGAGGACUACGGUUUGGAAUACUCGGAAGACAGCAACUCCGAGCCGGAUGUGGACCUGGAGAACCAGUACUACAACAGCAAGGCGCUGAAGGAGGAUGAGCCCAAGGAGGCGCUGCUCAGCUUCCAGAAGGUGCUGGACCUGGAGGGCGGCGACAAGGGCGAGUGGGGCUUCAAGGCACUUAAACAGAUGAUUAAGAUUAAUUUUAAAUUGAACAAUUUCGCGGAGAUGAUGUCCCGCUACAAGCAGCUGCUGACAUACAUCAAGAGCGCGGUGACCCGCAACCACUCGGAGAAGUCCAUCAACUCCAUCCUCGACUACAUCUCCACCUCUAGAAAUAUGGAAUUGCUGCAAGACUUCUACGAGACCACCCUGGAGGCGCUGAAGGACGCCAAGAACGACCGGCUGUGGUUCAAGACCAACACCAAACUUGGCAAGCUGUACUACGACCGCGGGGACUUCAACAAGCUCGCAAAGAUCCUCAAGCAACUCCACCAGAGCUGCCAGACCGAUGACGGCGAAGACGACUUGAAGAAGGGCACGCAGCUGCUGGAGAUCUACGCGCUGGAGAUCCAGAUGUACACGGCGCAGAAGAACAACAAGAAGCUGAAGGCGCUGUACGAGCAGUCGCUGCACAUCAAGUCCGCCAUCCCGCACCCCCUCAUCAUGGGGGUCAUCAGAGAAUGCGGUGGCAAGAUGCACCUGCGCGAGGGCGAGUUCGAGAAGGCGCACACGGACUUCUUCGAGGCGUUCAAGAACUACGACGAGUCCGGCUCGCCGCGCCGGACCACCUGCCUCAAGUACCUCGUGCUCGCCAACAUGCUAAUGAAAUCCGGCAUCAACCCGUUCGACUCCCAAGAAGCCAAGCCCUACAAGAACGACCCGGAGAUCCUCGCCAUGACCAACCUCGUGAUGGCCUACCAGAACAACGACAUCAACGACUUCGAGGCCAUCCUGAAACACAACCGGAACAACAUCAUGGACGACCCCUUCAUCCGGGAACAUAUCGAGGAUCUACUCCGGAAUAUCAGGACUCAAGUGCUGAUCAAGUUAAUAGGACCAUAUACAAGGAUUCAUAUUCCAUUCAUAUCCAAGGAGCUCAAUAUAGAUGAGAAAGAGGUGGAGAACUUACUAGUCACUUGUAUUUUGGAUAACACGAUCAGCGGGCGCAUCGACCAGGUGAACCUGGUGCUGGAGCUGGCGGCGGGCCGGCGCGGCCACGCGCGCUACGCCGCGCUCGACAAGUGGACCGCGCAGCUCGCCAACCUGCACCAGGCGCUCGUCAACAAGAUGGCCUAGCCCCACCUGCCCUACCCUCUACACCACCUUCCUAGUAUACAACCAAUUCUACCCCUGACACGUUUGUAUCGAAUACUUCUAAUAGGGUCCACAGAGCGAGCAUACGCGCAAUUUCCUCGCGCACAAAACGGCCAGUGUAGACGUGCCUCGCGCGUGUAUGCUCGCUCCGUGUGGACCCGCCUAAUUAUAUACAGGCGUAAACCUAUUAAAUCUACUUAAUAAAUCGUGGCCGGGUAGCCUACCUGAGGUCCAGUGUUAGCCGCGGAAGCUGAACACUCGUCAUGGUGGCAUGCAUAUAUGUUGGUCGAUUUACAUACUUUUUUAUAGAAGUGUUAAACUUAACCAGCCGAAACAGAAUUCAUGUACAUAAGUAGUAACUAAUCACAAGUUCAAUGUCAGCUGAGGUUCGAUUAAACUAUGCGAUUAACACUCGUAAAAAUAUGUUUUGCGUGAAGCACUCAACAAAUUGGCACUUGUGAGAGUGUUAUGAUAAAAUUAUUGUUGUCAAAUAUACUCUGACAAACCCACUUUGUCAGUAGAAAAAGGCGACAAAUUCAAAUUUUGUAUAGGAGGGUAACUCUGCAGCUACAUUUUUUUAAUUUCCUGCCUUUUACUACUGACGGAAAUGGCUUGCCAAACUAUAAGGGUCGAUUUACAUGUUUCGCUAGAAGUCGGCGUUGGUUUUUAUUUAUAUCCGCUAUUUUUUAAAUACCUAUAAAUGUUUCAAACCGAUAUUUUUUCUGUGUGGAAGCUAAUAUAAAACAUGCUUAAUGAAUAGUUUUUUUUUCUAUUGAAGCCUCAUGCAAGAUGGUUCGAAAAUAAAUAAGAUGUCUUAUCUUGAAAAUGAGAAUUACUUAUUGCAGAAAUGAACAGCAGGAUAGAAAAUUACUUCCCUCAUAAGUAUUUAAAUAUUUCAAAUGUUAGCUUCCUACAUGAAAACUGAAAAAUGCGUUUGGUUAAUUUGGUUAUGUACAGUCAAGUGUAAAAAUAUGGGUGUACAACAUCUUACUCAAAAAUAUGUCCCAUAGCAUCUUAUUCCAGUGUAAUAAGAACGUGUACCAUAUUUAUGAGACGAUUUAUUCGAUACAUAUUUUUGCAGCUGACUGUACCUAUAUUUCAUAUCGUAAGAACGUAACAUACUAGGCGUCUAAUAGAAAAUAUUAGAUUGGCGAAGAAAUGUGAUCUCCAUAUUGGUUUCAUUUUGCAAACUUUCAAAUUGUAAUAAUUUCGCUCCUAUAAUAUUGUAAAGUUGGAAUUUACUGAAUUUUACUGAUAGGAUGGAAUUUUGGUUUAAGUGUUUAUAGAUUUUUUAUUCGAUGUACAUACUUAUGAAUGUUUAGAGAACAGGUUAUCCAAAAUUUUAUUCCAUGUAAUAAAAAAAAUGUUAAGUGCACAGUCAUCUAUAAUAAGUUUAAAUUGUUUCUCAUGCAGUGACGUUUACCUUACUUAAUUCUAAUAUUUUGAGUUCAUCAUAUUUUGAUAUAUGUACCUUUUGGAUAUGACGUUAGAUUACUUGCGAACAAGUAGGUAAAAGUACCCAUGUGAAAGCUAUUCUAGCAAUAAUAUUCCGUAGCCUUUUUAUAAAUUCAUUUUGGCGCACGUUAUGUGUUUUAUUCUUCUUAUACACUGUUUUGAUUAAAAAUCGUACUUAUUGUAACAGUACUGUGAUAUCCAAAUUAGACAGAGUGACAGCGUUUUGAAAGAAUAUUCAAUUCAAUUUAUUUAUUCACCAGACAAUAAUGCUCCAUAAUGGUAGAUUUAUGAGUUGUAACGAGUCGUUUUCUCGUAAAACCCUACCUAAUUAUGAAUAUCACUGUAGCUUUUACCAAUGACAUGACAAUGAAUACAAUGCUACGUUUUGCAAAAUUGUCCUAUGAACAAAAAUAAUAAUACUUGAAACCA